AUGCAUGCACCUCCAUGUACAAUUGCACGCCUACUUGCCUGCACGACCACCUGCACGGUGCCCGGCACGUACAUGCAUGUGCAUUCUGGGACCGGUACGGAGACGAGCUCUGGGACCGAGACGAGCACUCUGACACCUGCCGCCAGCCCACCAGACGUCCUCAUCGGGAAAUGCAGGCACCUCCUACUUACCUACUUGCCUGCGAGCCGCGAUCCAACUCGCUUUUCCCACGCCCGUCUUGCCGCCGACAACAAGCAAGUAGGCAUUGAUCGCACCGCGCCAUCGACCUCGGUGGCUGCUCGUCCGUGGGAAAAGCAUGGCCCGUCAUUUCCAGCCCGUACGUGUGCGUCGGCGUCCCGUACCGAGAUUGGACGACGCCAGAGAGGCGACCUCACCGACAUCAGCGCCAGCGUGUGCUUCCUCGUCAGGCCCUUUGUGACGCCGCCUGCCUGCACGCUCGCCUCCCAAGAGACCCCUGCCCACCUGUCAUCCUGUCACCCCGUCACCUCGUCACCCGUCCACGACGACGCAUACGGCUGUCGUCGGCCUCGCGUUGUUGGCACCGUCUGUUGUGCAUCGGCCACGGCGAACACGCCCCCUCCCCGUGCCGACCAAGUCGCACCGUCAUCCUUUUCUCGGCCAUCCUUUUCGUGUGGCCAUCCUUUUCGUGUCAGCUUCUUUCGACCACCAUGCCACGCAGGGGACGAGUUCUGGCACCCAGCUGCUGACGUAGCUGCCCUUGUACUCUUGUUCGGUUCGGCGGCCAUUUCAGCAUCGGUACGGGGAAACCGCCUCGCCCCUUUGGCGAAUAUCGAGAACGAGUUCGAGGACGAGUUCGAGGACGAGUUCGAGGACGAGUACGGAGUGCCUGCUCACAGAGUGCACGCACGGGGGAGCCCGUCCUCCAACCCCGAAUACCAGUACGUACCAACGUGA